ACACUCUACGUAACAACUACUUGGGCAGAAAGUAUCAAACAACAUCGUCAGGGGUUAAAACUUAAAACACUUGUGAGGUGUUGAAUCCAAACCCUAUCCACGUGCCAAAUCCACAGAUCCCAUUUACGUGUCCACCCGGAUUUCCGACCCACCCGUUCGUUCAACGUUGCGUACGAUAAUCAUCCCUCGUUGUUUUCUCGUCUAUUCAACCAACCAACGUGUGAAAUACCCUUUUCACCCUUCUUCCCCCUCCCCCUCUGCGCAUAUUCCCCCAACCGAUCCCAUAUCUUCCAUCAAUCCAUCCAUCCCCCAUUCUUUUUUAUUUCCCCCAAAUCACACACAUUCCAUAAAUCAACACAGAGAUAGGGGGAGAGUGGAUCAAUUGGAAUUGGGGUUUUGUUGUUGAAUUCGAAUUCGGACUUUGUGUAAGAAUAUGUGAUGGAGCAUUUGUGAACUGUUUCGUUAGUUGGUCUUCGUAUACAAUAAAUAUGACGUUGUAACAGUUACAUGGCAUUUUGAUAUUUGCUCAGCCUUGAUCUCUUCAGUUAUUAGUAGAUUAACCAACAGUAGUUGUUCGAGAAGCGUUCGUAGCUAGUGAUGGAGCAGAUUAAUUUUCUUCACAGUCAAAGACAAAACCACCAAACUGCUGGUCGUAAAUCCUCAACGAAUGGGUCCUCCAAAGAUCUAUGGCUAGCAGUGCAAAGUGGAUGUGUUGUUGAUGUAGAUUCUGCCUUGGUUUUACUGAAGAAAAACGGUGGGAAUAUCAAUUCAAGAAAUGCUUUUGGUCUUACUGCUCUUCAUAUUGCCACAUGGAGAAAUCACAUACCGAUUAUUAAACGACUAUUAGCAGCUGGUGCAGACCCUAAUGCUAGGGAUGGGGAAUCUGGAUGGAGUAGCCUUCACCGGUCCCUACAUUUUGGUCAUUUGGCUGUUGCUAGCAUUCUUCUUAAAUCCGAAGCUUCUGUCUCAAUAGAGGACUCGAAGUCAAGAACACCUGUCGAUCUUCUAUCUGGCCCUGUUUUACAGGCUAACGGCAAUGGAAACGGUUCAGGUACUAAUGCUAUAAGAAGCAUGCAUAUUGUAACAAUCUCCAUUGAUAGAAACCCGCUGAAUAUGUUUUAUUAUUAUGUCUGUUCAGUGGUGACAGAGUUGUACAGUUGGGGAAGCGGUGUUAACUACCAAUUAGGGACUGGAAAUGCUCACAUUCAGAAAUUGCCGUGCAAGGUUGAUUCACUUCACGGGUCUUUUAUCAAGUUGAUUUCUUCCGCUAAGUUUCAUAGUGUGGCGGUUAGUGCUAACGGUGAGGUUUACACUUGGGGAUUCGGGCGAGGUGGUCGCCUUGGCCACCCUGAUUUUGAUAUCCAUAGUGGUCAGGCUGCGGUCAUAACUCCUAGACAGGUAACAUCAGGUCUAGGGGCUCGUCGGGUCAGAGCAAUUGCCGCUGCUAAACAUCAUACGGUUGCUGCCACUGAUGGUGGUGAGGUCUUCACGUGGGGUUCCAACCGAGAGGGUCAACUUGGGUAUACAUCUGUUGAUACCCAAGCAACACCACGAAGGGUCAGCUCAUUAAAGUCAAAGAUAGUUGCUGUUGCUGCGGCAAACAAGCAUACUGCUGUAGUUUCUGAUUCGGGUGAGGUUUUCACUUGGGGCUGCAAUAAAGAAGGGCAACUCGGUUACGGAACUUCAAAUUCGGGAUCCAAUUAUACCCCUAGGCUUGUUGAAUAUUUAAAAGGAAAAGUUUUUAUUCGCGUUUCUGCUGCCAAGUAUCACACCAUGGUUUUGGGAGCCGAUGGAGAGGUGUUUACUUGGGGUCAUCGUCUUGUAAAUCCAAGGCGUGUAGUUGUUGCAAGACUCCUUAAAAAAAGUGAAAGCACCACUUUAAAGUUUCACCGAUCAGAACGGCUUCAUGUGGUUUCAAUAGCUGCAGGGAUGACACAUAGCAUAGCUUUAACCCAUGAUGGUGCAUUGUUCUAUUGGGUCUCUUCAGAUCCCGAUCUACGUUGUCAACAGUUAUACUCACUUUGUGGAAAAAAUAUGGUUAGUGUGUCGGCUGGAAAAUACCGGACGGCCGGUGUUACCGCUACCGGUGAUGUUUAUAUGUGGGACGGAAAGAAAAGAAGAGACGAAUCACCAGUUAUAACUCGAUUACAUGGUGUCAAACGGGCUACUUCAGUUUCAGUUGGAGAAACACAUCUACUGGUUAUCAGUUCUCUUUAUCAUCCUCCAUAUUGUCUCCCGACUUCCGGUAGUCCCGAGCGUUUAAAGUCAAAAUUAAGUGACGAUUUAAGCGAGUUAGAUGAAGAUUUUGCUUAUAAUGAUAAUGAAAUUGAUGAUGUGGCAUCGAGCUUACAAAAGGGUAACAGUGAAAAGAAGGAAAUACCGACUUUGAAAAGCCUUUGUGAGAAAGUGGCAGCCGAGCACUUGGUCGAGCCGAGAAGUGCUUUACAGCUUCUCGAAAUUGCUGACUCACUAGAGGCACAUGAUUUGAGGAAGCAUUGUGAGGAAAUCGUAAUACGUAACCUUGACUACAUUUUUACGGUCUCAACGCAUGCAUUUGCGAGCGCUUCGCUGGAUGUUUUAGCUAACCUUGAGAAAUCACUGGAUUCAAAAUCAUCUGAAUCAUGGAGUCAUCGUCGGCUUCCAACCCCAACAGCCACUUUUCCUGCAGUUAUCAACAGUGAAGAAGAUGAUAGCGACAACGAGUUUUUCAGAACACGUGAUAACAGCAACGGUGAAAAGAUGGAUUCACAGAAGGAAAGAAACCAAAUAUUCGAUAGCUUUUUACAACCGUACGAUCUUGCGAGUCAUGAAAUUGGUAAACAAGUUCGGGCAUUAAGAAAAAAAUUGCAACAGAUCGAGAUACUGGAGGAAAAACGAUCCAAGGGUUAUCAACUCGAUAGCCAGCAGAUCGCAAAGCUUCAGACCCGACCUGUGUUGGAGAACUCACUCGUUGAGCUUGGUGUACCUAUUGAGACGAUUCAGGCAAAGUCAAAUUCUUCUGUUGACCAGAAAAACGAGGGUACCAAGAAACAGAGGAAAAAGAGCAGAAGAAAACAGCCACACAGUGAAGAGGUGCAUGGUAGUUAUGAAUCUGAGACCAAGUUAAAUACAGUUAAGGGUUUCUCACCUUCUGAAGAUUUACAAGUUGACCAAAAGGCAAUUUCAAGAAAACCGGAUCUUCAAAUCGAAAAACAUAAUUUACAGGAAAAGGAGAUAGAUGACAAGGGCAAAAUAAACAAUCUCGUCGAGGUGCCACCGAAUAACGCAAAGAAAGAAAUUCCAUGCUCGAAAAGCAAGAAUUCUUCUUCGUCUGCGUCAUCUAAGAAGAAAAACCGAAAAGGAGGGCUUUCUAUGUUUUUAAGUGGGGCUCUUGAUGACACCCCUAAGAUUGUCGUCACUCCACCGACGCCCAAAAGCGAGGGCCCAGCGUGGGGUGGGGCUAGUAUUCCAAAGGGACCCACAGGACCCACUUCUCUUCGUAAAAUUCUGGAUGAGCAGGGAAAAACCGUGGAACAUAAGCCAGUUGCUAGAAAGAAAGAUCAGUUUGAAGUUUCACCUGAUGUGAAAACUAGUGGAAAACUUUCGUUGAGUUCGUUUUUGCCGUCAAACCCGAUUCCCAUGGGCCCGGCCCUGAUCCAUCAGGUGCCUGAGCCCGACAGAAGCACACCUCCUUGGAUUUCUUCGGGGACCCCACCUCUCGCUGGUCGCCCGUCUCUUAAAAGCAUUCAGCUACAGCAGGAGAAAAAACAACAGACGUUAUCGCAGAGCCCUAAAACAAAAACCACCGGGUUUUCGGUGACCAGUGGACAGGGUUCGCCGUCAGAUUCAGGUGGUUCAAACAAGUGGUUCAAGCCGGAGGUUGCGGCAGCAUCUUCUAUACGAUCGAUCCAGAUAGAGGAGAAGGCUAUGAAGGAUCUGAAGCGGUUUUAUAGCAGUGUUAAAGUUGUUAACAACCAGUUUUAAGGAGUGAUGGUAGUUGCUUUUUAUUUAUUCUUGAACCGACCGACCCAUGGAUCUUUUUCUGGUUGUGUUUCUGUAAAUCAACUGUAGAUACCUUCCAAUCCUGAAGUAGAAAUCUUCAGUUUGUUAAUAAGACCUUCAGUAGACUUUGGUUAAUUCAGUUAAGGUCUCUGUUGGGUGGUUGUGUAACCAUUAUUUCUUCAAAAAGAAGGCAAUGGUGCAUUUGUGGUACAAAUAGAAAUCUUUGGAGUUUAUUAUAAUUAAGUAUGCUUAAUUAUGUCUA